AUGGCCAGUGACAUGAUUAGAGACAGAACCGUUUGUGGGAUACUGGAUGAUGACAUAAGAAAAGAAUUGUUAAAUGAGAGCACGUUUACGCUCGAAAGUUGUAUCACAAUGGUAAAGAGCUUUGAGGCUACGGCCAAACAGGCAAAAACUAUGUCACACUCAGGUUCCACAAAUUCUGUCAAUCAUGACGUCAGUUAUAUUAGUAAGCGUAAACAGGGUACUACUAAAAAAUUUCAAGGGAAUAGAAAACCUUGUAAGUUUUGUGGACAAACUCAUGUUUGGGGUAGAGAUAAUUGUCCAGCCUAUGAUAAAAGAUGUUCAUCAUGUGAAAACAAAGGUCACUUUGAAAUCAAAUGUGGUGAUUUUCAAAAUCUAAGUAAAAGUCAAAAAAGUCAAUCCUCAUACAGGAAAAAGUCCAGGAAACCUAGAAAAUCUAGUGCCAAAAAUAUCAGAGCAUUGGGAUCUGAUACGUCUGAUUCACAGUCAGACACAAGUGAGUUUUCUGAAUAUGAGGAACAAUGUUCAUUAAUUGAUGUAUAUGAACCAGAUAAUGAAAAUGUACAUAAUGUCCAACCUAAAGGUACAAAGUCAGGUACUAUAGUUGCCAAGAUGUAUGUGCACAAGACAAGAGAGCCAGUGAUCAUGCAAGUGGAUUCUGGUGCAUCUUGCAAUGUGUUGCCAGCACAAUACUUACCUGCAAAUGUGGUGCUGACAAAAACCAGUAAGAAGUUACGUAUGUACAGCAAUGAUAUGGUCCCUGUCCUGGGUACAUGUAAAUUAAGAUUAAAAAAUCCAAGAAACGGUAAAAGGUACUUAGUUCCUUUUUAUGUCAUAAGUAAUCAAAAGGGCUCACUACAUAAACUCCCACUCCUUGGUUCAACUACAGCACAACAAAUGCAACUCAUCUCAGUCAAUCAUGAAAACAUUGCAAUAGUCAACGAGUUGCAAGAUGAAAUGUCAAAUGUCAAAGCUAAAGAAAAUUUAUGUCAGGAAUAUCGGGACGUCUUCAGUGGUCGCGGUUGUAUGCCUGGUAAUGUCACCCUCUAUGUGGAUGAAACUGUAAGACCGCAUGUAGCGCCCCCACGUCGUGUACUUUUGUCGGUGCAAUCAAGGUUGAAAGCAGAAUUGGAGAGACUUCAAAAGGAAGGGGUAAUUGAAAGGGUAGAAGAGCCAACAGAUUGGUGCUCCAGCCUUUGUUGUGUAGAAAAAAACAAUGGUAAAUUGCGCUUAUGUAUUGACCCCCAGCCUCUCAACUGCGCACUUAAACGUAGCUACUAUCCUCUGCCUGUCAUAGAGGAUAUACUUCCUGAAUUGGAUGGAGUAAAAGUGUUUUCCAAAGCCGAUUUGAAUGAAGGCUUUCUCCAGUGUAAGCUAGAUAAUGAGUCUACGAAACUGACUACAUUCCAGUCUCCAUGGGGCCGUUGGAAAUAUUUGCGAAUGCCUCAGGGCAUAAGUCCCGCCCCUGAACUUUUUCAGCAAAAACUGAAUCAGUCACUGGAUGGACUCAAAGGCAUACAUAUUGUCGCGGAUGAUGUUCUUAUCACUGGAUGUGGUGAAACACUUGCUGAGGCAACACAGGAUCAUGACAAUAACUUGAAAGCGUUUCUUGAGCGUUGUCGCAAAAUGAACAUUACGCUAAAGAAAAGUUUGAGUACAAGCUAG